AUGCUCCCCAAGAGCUUGAUCGGAGUCGCAGGACUCGCCGCCCUCGAGGAGGGCACCAUACACUCGGCCCCAUUGCUCCGCGGCAUCAAGAAGAAACAGUGGACAUUCCCAAACUCAAGGGCUCGCGCAUACCGCCUGCCCUCCGGCGCAUCCGUCAUCGCCCUCGAGUUCAACCCCACUCCCUUGGACUUCUCCCUCGCGACCGUCAGACAGGACCCCACGCAGGAGCCCAAGCCACCAGAGAUCCUCGCAAACGCGCCCCAGGACGCAAAGGCAUUGCAGGCGCCCAUCCGAGAGCUCAUCGCGAUCCUCCCCACAAAGGCAUUCAAGGACCUCCUCCGAUACAUGGGCACGCUCGACAGGGACCAGACACUCAUCCUCACGGGAUGGGAGUUCGCAGCAGUCCUCGCACAGCUCCUCGCUCUCUUCGUCCCCAGGCACCCGGGAUUCGAGCUCAUCGCCUUCGGGAAACCAUGCCCAGGGAACAGGAGUUUCGCCCGCUGGUACAACAGCAUGCUCCCCUUCCAGUUCUCCUUCCACGCACAGGGUGACUCCCUCGGCCAAUACUGCAGAGACCUCGUCCCAAGGUCGGACCCCGACUCCCUCUGGGAGGAUAAGCCCCACGUAUUCCUCGACAACGCGGAGCAGAUCUUCCCCGCCGCAGGCGACGACCUCACCCACCACGACAGGAACUACUACAGGCGAUGCUGCUACAGCCUCCACAGAGCCCUUGCGCAUGAGCAGCUGCCCGCUGUCCCCCGUGGGCUGGCUCUUGUACGCCCCCCCCGCCGCCAAGGCGAGCGGCUGGAUGUAUCGGGUGUAUCUCGGGGGAACAUAGAAGGACUGGGUGAGAUGGACUCCUUCGCCUCCUCGACGCGCCGCUUCGCGUCCCUGUACACCUGCCCGAACAGCUCGGCCGAGGCUCCGGGCAACUCGCCAGGCGGCCUCAUCAGAACGGGGUCUCGAGACGAUGAAGGGGGACAGGGCCUCGGAGACGAUGGCAUAGACCUUGUCCUGCAUGGGGCGAACGGUCAAAAAAACAAAAAAGACGGCAGAUCGUGGGGGUUGGGUUGCCUGCAUGAGCGUAAAGCAGAAGAGAUCCCGCUGGUGCUCUCCAGGCCGAUCUCCUGGAAGGCACUCCUUCCAGUCCUGGGACACAGGUCAAAGAAAAAAACCGUGGUCAACGGAUCGCAUCACAUCGAAGAACCCGACCAGCCGGUAUGCAACCCCCUCGUCGGCGACGUUGGCAAAGGCCUUCUCGAGGACAUUCAGCUGCAUCUCAGCAACGAGACAGGCGCAGCUCAUGAAAGGCCUCAGCUCGUCCUUCUUCUCAAACAAGGCCUCAAAGUCGCCGGGCUCUCGGAAGCCCAAUCGCCGCAGGUCUUCGAUGACUUCUUCGACCCCGUGCCAGUCGCAACCCCUGAUCCUCUCCAACGAGAGCCCGUUGUCACUCAACACGGUGUGCAUCAAUGCACCAUCAACGACAUCCUUCAGGCGCCUUUCGUUCAUCUCGGCUAA